UCAAAAUACCAGCAUGCCCUACAGUACGCAUAUUAGCACAAUCAAAUACCGUUUCAUGAACUAGUUCUUGACAACAAGAUCCUUCUUGAUCUAACCUGUUCUUUGUUAGCAUGUUUGUUUACAUCCAAGACAUUUGCCAUUACUAUUAGUGUUUUAUGUAAAAAUGUCAUUAUUUCAUAUAAUUAUAAUGUAAUCUAUUUAGCGCCGGCAAUAAGUCGCAGAUUAAUCCAGGAGGGUUUAUAUGGUACGAUGAGAGAAGCCAUAGAUUCGAAGCGAACCAUGUUCGAAUACCUAACUACUUAUGAUAACUGCAAGAAGUCCCACAAGUUUCAUUAAGUUUUACAGAAGGGCUAGAUAAGAAUCUCGAGUUAAAUUAAAGGUGUAAUAGAUGAUUUAUAAAAAAAAAACAUAUACAAAAAAAAACAAAAUUUAUAUAUUUGCCUUCAGUGCAUCCAUCUUCCCAAUGGAUCACAGGUGAUUCACCCCAAAAAUCAAUUUUUCCAUUUCUAACGAUAUUUUGGAGUAAAACUAUACAUCUUUUCUUCUGGUGAUUUGUUAAGAAAACAUUAUAUCUAUUUUUAAAUGUCAAAACACCUUGUGGGAAAGAAAGGGUUAAAUAAGCCGUUGAAUUGGUGUACGUGAGAAUUAUUAGUGUUGCGUCUGUUUGUUUGUGAUAGGGUUCUGGAAAACAUAUAUAGUCACGUAAGACAAAGUGCAUAAAUAUUCACCUUAUGCUUUAUUGAUCCACUGCUGUUCAUUUUCCAUACCACUGCUCAGCUCACUUCACCGCAAAAUAUAAAUAAGGAAAGUGACGUCACACAAACCAUCGGAAUAGCAACUCAGUGCAAGAUUUGAGUGGGUCCCCAAAUGUGGAAACCCAUCGCUAAUCCCAUGUCGCGUCCUUAUUUUUCAUUCCCGUUUAGAUACCACCGGUGUGAACAUGGGUCCCUAUUCAGGGCCCGGAAAUAGGGAUAGGGACCCAGAUAGGGACGCCCGUGGCGAUGCUCUAAAUAGAACAUCGAAGUAUAAACAAUCAUGUACAUUUGCCGGGUUUGCCUAGCGCAGGACCGGCCGCUCUACGUACCACUGUUCUCCAUCCAAGGGGACCGUUCCAUGGCCAAAAUGAUUAUGCUCUGCACCGGACUAAAGCUCAAACGGAACGACGGUCUAACGCAGUACGCUUGCGGCCAGUGUGUAGAUGAUUUCCAUAAAUUCUUCAAACUGCGAGAACUGUGUCUCGAAUCGGAUGCGUUUCUCCGAGAGCACAUCCCGCCCAAUUCGGAUAGUGACGCUUCGGAUGAUGCUACGAACGAUAUUGUUUCAUGCGGGGAUUCAACGAAGGAAGAACUAGUGGAGACCAUUGAAGAGCCCCAGCAGUCCACGAUAGUAAUCGAGGAAAUCAGAAUAACCGAAGGUGAUGGAGAACCCAGGGUCAUCAGUGAAGAAUGGAUUGUAGAAGUGGACGACGCCGUGCAAAAUAUUGAAGUACUAGAAGAUUCCCACUGUUCGAACGACCAGAGUAGUAAAACAGACGAUUCACCAAAAAGGCGAAGAUCACGACGUAAAAAGAAAUCCGCGGAAGCAUCUGUUGACCCAAAAAACUUUAUCUGCUGUAGCUGCCCGUCGAAAGUCUUCGACAGUCGGCAGAAACUUGAAGUUCACCGGGCCGAGCAGCAUGAAAAGCUCCGGGUCAAAUCGUGCAGCAUCAGGCCGUUCGAGUGCGACAUCUGCUACCAGCGGUUCCUGAACGAGAAGCACCUCACUCAGCACCAGAACCGCCCCUACCGGAAGCGCAGCUUCGUUUGCUCUUCCUGUGGGUCCGCCUUCUUGGCUAGUAGCACUCUCAAGAAGCACGAGGAAACCUGCUGUACCACCACGGUCUGCAACUACGAGUGCACCGAGUGCGGCAAGCACUUCCUUCAGUCCGGCUCGCUACGGAACCACAUGAAGCUGCACACCUCGAACAAAACGCAUCUCUGUCCGAUUUGCGGAAAAUCCUUCAUGAAGCGGUUCGAGGUGCCCAUCCACAUGGUGACGCACACCACCGGGCAACCGUUCGCAUGCGACAAGUGUCCGGCCCGGUUUAAGCGGAUGCAGGCCCUGCGGAAUCACCAGCGGCACCACAGUAACCCCACGCCGUUCAAGUGCGACCAGUGCGACGAGUGGUUCAAUAGUUUCAGCGCUCGGAAGUAUCACCGGCAGAAGGUGCACGAUGGUAUCGAGCCGUUCCGGUGCGAUGUUUGUGGGACUACAUAUGCGCGGAAAAGCCGGCUAACGCAGCACAUGCGGAAGGUGCAUCCGCAGGAUGUGGGCGAAAAGUAAGUGUGUGUUUCGUGUGUUGUAAAUUAAGUGUUUCAAACAUACUUAUAUUUUGAUAAGCGAAAUCAAGAAUAUCAAAUCUAAUAGAUUUCAAAGAAAGCCUCA